UUCCACCAAGAUAAAUACACAUAAUGGAAGAGGUUAAGGAGCAGAAAGGAACAACAUUUGCAGAUGAUCCGUUACAGAUAAAUUUUCCGUUGCCGGAUCACCUUGAUCCGUCUAAGUGCCGUGAUGAGUUCCUCAGCACGAUCAUAGAGGAGCACGAGCGCCGGGUGAGUUCGCUGAGGCGAUCGUCAGUUCGGGAAUCGUUGGGGAUCAUAAAUCCUCUGGAGACCGAUGCUCGGGUGAGCGAUAAGGGCGCGGAGGCUAUGGUGGUGCGCCAGAUGGUCAAGCAGCGCCAGGGAGCGACCACCAGGAAGACCAUGCAGGAGGUCUUGGAAAGCAUCAAAAUGCGGUCUAACAUGAUGUCGGAACUGUAUUACCAGAUACAGAAGGCGGCCAUCGAGUUUCUUUCAGUGCGCAUGCUCAAGCAACUGCGCCUCUUCUCGGGUCCCUGGCCGGGUGAGCAGGAGGGGAUUCCCUACAACCUCUUCAGCUGGUCCUUGGAUGACUUCUUGAUGCGCCUGGAGGUGAAGCAGAUCUAUCUCGACGUCAUCCGUCGGGAGCGAAGUGACGAGGAUCUCGAUUGCGUAAAGUUCUGCAGGGACCUGAGCGAGAUCGAGCUUCUUGUACACGAAAUCCGGGACGAUUAUCGCAGCAAUAGAGAUCUCUGCCAAAACAGCAUCCAAAUGUUGCGAGGUGCCGAAUACAAUACGAAAGCGCCCUGGGUGAAAACCCUCAAUGAGAAUCUAAAAGGCAUUCAAGACGAAAAGUCACGCGCCUUGCUUUUGAAUAGAAGUAGCUCCUGUCUGAUGGUAUUUCGUCACGCAUCCGUUAUGGAAAACUUCGAGGACUCAUCGGAUUUGGAUCCUAUCGAGAUGCGUUAUCAAAUCAACUGGUUAAGAAGUUGUACGGAUCAGCGUCUAAUGCUGAUAACAAGUCGGGAGGAAUCGAUGAGGGACGAACUGAGGAAUACGGAGGAACAAGCGCUGCGGGACGAAUCGGUGCAGUAUUCCUGCGAGCUAAUGUACUCACUGGAGUUGGGAAAGCUCAGGGAAAGCAUUAAGGUUUGGCAGGAGCGACAGGACAACGAUCUGGAAAACGCCGACGUUCUCUGCACCGUAUCAAGGCUUGCUGUGCAAAAGUUAAAGGACGAUCUGAAGUUUUACAUGGAAGAGAAGGAAAUGUAUCUUCGGAGAUUGGACGAGGUGCAGGCUAUUAUUGCCCAGGAGGAGAAGGCUCUCGGGGGUCGAUUAUCAAGGAAAUCCGUGAGAAAGUCUGAGAUAAAGACAGUGACACCGACUGAAAUAGCUCCUGAGAGGAAGUCUGUAAGAAAGUCUGAGAGGAAAUCUGUCAGAAAGUCUGAGCGGAAAUCUGAAAGAAAGUCUGAAAGGAAAUCCAGAAAUUCUAAAGUGCAAUAGUACAGCCUUCAAUUUCGACCAUUUUACUUAUAUACUUAUGUUUGCAAUUUAACAAUUUACAUUAAUAAA